AUGUCGUCGGCUCUCUUUGACAUGCCUUGGUGGCAGGCGCUCUUAAACUCCACCCUCAGCCUCAAUCAAAGCAACAGUAGUUUGUUCCUGUUUGAUGUCUCCUGCCGGCAAUCAAGCGCCAUGACACUUACACUAGUGCUAUGCUAUUGUCUUGUGCUUAUUUUGGGCUUGCUUGGUAACAUCCUCCUCAUUUGCAUUAUUAUGCACCAGCGGGACCCUCCUAACGUCACUAGCAUACUCAUUGCCAACCUUUCGGUUUCUGAUAUUCUGGUGAGUGUGUUCUGUCUUCCCUUCACAGUGGUUUACACGCUCAUGGACCACUGGAUCUUCGGGGCGCUGCUAUGCCGCCUAAUGCCGUUUGUGCAGUGUGUGUCGGUGACGGUUUCUGUUUUGUCUCUGGUUUUGAUCGCACUUGAAAGACACCAGCUCAUCCUGCAUCCAUCUGGUUGGAAGCCGAGUGUCCCCCAAGCGUACAUAGCCGUCUUGAUUGUGUGGCUGCUGGCCUGCAUAACAUCAUUACCUUUCCUGGCAUUUCACUUGCUCAGCAGUGAGCCAUACAGUCUGCUUCCUGCACCGCUCAGCCAGCUGCAGGCCUGUCGGGAAGCAUGGCCCUCUCAGCAACACAAACUAGCCUACACCACCAGCCUGUUACUAUUCCAGUACUGCUGCCCACUGUUCCUCAUGCUACUUUGCUAUCUUCGCAUCUUCCUGCGGCUGCGACACAGACAGCGCAUGCUGGAGCACCAGUGCAGCCGCAACCGAGAAGACGAACACCAGCGUGUAAAGCACAGCAAACACAUAAAUGUCAUGCUUGCCACUUUGGUGGCAGCAUUUGCCAUGUGCUGGCUGCCAUUAAAUGCCUUUAAUGUGGUGGCAGACUGGCACCAGGAGGCACUGCCCGUGUGUUACCACAAUCUGCUGUUUUCACUCUGCCAUCUGCUGGCCAUGAGCUCCACCUGUGUCAACCCCAUCAUCUAUGGCUUCCUCAACAGCAACUUCCGCAAGGAUGUGGCCUCCGUGGUGCUACACUGCCAUUUUCAGCCACUAGAGGACAGCUACGAACACUUUCCAAUGUCUACAAUUAACACUGAUGUAUCACGGACAUCUUUUAGACUCAGAAACAGUUCUGUGUAAUUGGGCUAAUCGCCCAAAGCUUAGCUCAACACUGAUUGUUCCACUCCAGUGCCAAAACUUUCACAUUGAUGCCAGCCCUAGACUUAGCUCUUGUAACCCAUAUGGCCAAAAAAAAAAACAAAUGGCCAAAAUACAUUUUUAAAUAUAUGUUGUAAACAUCAAAUUGAAAAUAUACUUUUCCCAAACCUUCAUUGCCUAAAUAUAUUACAAAAUGUACUUCAAAAGGCAAGAAAAUACAUUUGCAAUCUUAAAAAAUAUAUUUUUGACAAUAUAAUUAUAUUUAGAUUGUCAGUGGAAAAAUAUAUGAGGACAUAUAGGUAACUAAGUAUAUUGAAAAUAUAUUUAUGUAAACUUCUUCUAGGACUGAAUUGUGUGGAUUCUGGUUGGUCCAGGAAGGAAGUCAUGACUAGAACCCAUUUGAUUUCUCAGGACUGAAUCUAUCUAAUCCCUGUGUUUUAAUAUCAAGGUAUUUAAUGCAUGCUGAUUAUGUCUCUUGCAGAGUUUUAAACUGCAAAAGAAUUUUACUCUGCUAAAUCUUGUGGACUAUAAGUUAACAAGGAAGCAGAAGAUGAUUUCUGAGCUAUGUACUUUUUUCCACUCAAACACAAUGAAAGCUGUAAGGAAUGAAUUAGUUGAAGGCAAAACUUGCAUUUGAAACAUUAUCUCUUAUUCCUUAAGGCAAAGAGCUAAGUUUGGAGGUACUGGCAGUGUACAAAUGGCUGGAAAUUGCAGCAAGCAAAGUCGUAAUGCUAACCCUAAUGCCUAGCGUAAUGCAAGCUAAAACCCACCAUAAAUCUGAAUAUACCUGUCAGCUUAUAUUGUCAAGCUGCAACCUAAAAAGGGGAAAACUGACAAUAUCCACUGGGCAAACAAAACUGGGCUGGAGUUUUACACUGUGCUGGGGCUUAUUUUUGUGACUAAUCCUUCCAAACAGAUACAUACACACAAAAUCAGCACAAAACAUUACUGUC